AUGCCCCCUAAGAAAAACGCUCAGCCCGUGGAGAAGCCACGUCUCGGUCGUCCGUCGAACAACCUCAAGAUGGGUAUCGUCGGUCUUCCUAACGUCGGUAAGUCGACUCUCUUCAACGCCAUUGCCAAGUGCGAUCUUGGUAAGGCUGCCAACUUCCCAUACGCUACGAUCGAGCCGGAAGAAGCUCGUGUGCCCGUGCCAGACGAGCGCUUCCUUUGGCUGUGUGACCUGUACAAGCCCAAGUCAGAGGUGCCUGCCUUCCUGACGGUCAUCGAUAUUGCCGGUCUCACGGCUGGUGCUAGCACUGGUGUCGGUCUUGGUAACGCUUUCUUGUCGAAUGUGCGUUCCGUGGACGGUAUCUUCCAGGUCAUCCGUGCUUUCGACGAUGCGGACAUUGUGCACGUCGAAGGUGACGUGGACCCGACUCGUGACAUGGAGAUCAUUUCGACAGAGCUUCGUCUGAAGGACAUUGAGUGGGUCGAGAAGGCACUUGAUACCGCCCGCAAGAACGCCCGUUCGGCUGGUAACAACUCGUUGGAGGACCGCAAGAAGAAGGAAGAGGUUGUUAUUGUCGAGAAAAUCCUCAAGUGUCUGCAGGAGGACAACAUGGAUGUCCGUAAAGGUGACUGGAACGCCAAGGAGGUGGAAGUGAUCAACUCGCUUAUGCUUCUCACUGCCAAGCCGGUGAUCUACAUUGUGAACCUGAGCGAACGUGACUACGCGCGCAAGAAGAACAAGUGGCUCCCGAAGAUUAAGCAGUGGAUCGACGAGAACAACCCAGGUGACUUGCUGAUUCCGUUCUCGGCGUCGCUCGAGGAGCAGCUCUUCUCGCUCUCGGAAGAAGAGGCGCAGAAGGAAUACCUUGCCAAGCUCGGCGACAAUGUCCAGAGCGCGCUCGGUAAGAUCACCAAGAGUGGCUACGACGGUCUUGACCUGAUCCGCUACUUUACCGCUGGCCCUGAUGAGGUUCGUGCGUGGUCCAUUCGUCGUGGUAUCAAGGCCCCGCAGGCUGCCGGUGUGAUUCACUCGGACUUUGAAAACAAGUUCGUGUGUGGUGAAAUCAUGGCUUUUGAGGAUCUCAAGGAGGCCGGUAGCGAGAAUGCCUGCCGUGCCAACGGCAAGCUGGCUCAGAAGGGCAAGACCUACGAGAUGGUCGACGGUGACAUUGCGCACUGGAAGGCUGGUGCGUAA